AUUAAUUAGAACUGGAAAGUCGAGAAUAUUCAAGAUGGCGUCAAACGAUAUUGAGAAUUAUAAAGUUCAAUUAGAGCAGGUUGAAGCUGCUUUAACUCAAGAUCCAACGAACGACGACCUUCUCAAAUUAAAGCAAGACAUAUUGGAAAUUAUCAAUCUCACUCAAGAUUUAGCUACUGAAGAGAAAUCGGAAGAGAAGGAGGAAGCUAUUGAAUCCUUCGAGGGUCUAGUAUCUAUUGAUCCAAAAUCAUGGAGAGUAGGCGACAAAUGCAUGGCCAUAUGGUCACAGGACAACAGGUAUUAUGGUGCUACAAUCGACUCAAUUUUGGUUGAUGGAACAGUUGAAGUGACGUUUGAUGUCUAUCGGAACAAAGAUGUUAACAGGAUCGCUCAACUGCGACAAUAUGACGAAAAAGCUGCUGCUGCAUUGGCAAAGAAGUCUAAGCAAAGACGAGAUAAGCUCGCCACUGAAAGAGAAUAUCGUAAAAAGAAAGCUGAAAAAAAGAAACUUAGAAUGAGAGAACUUGAAGAAGAAAGAGAAGUGGAUAAGCGAAAAUGGGAAUCUUUUAAUAGCAAAGCAUUUGCGAAAACUAGAAGAGGUCUGGUUAAGAAGAGUAUAUUUGCUUCUCCAGAUUCAACAUCAGGUAGAGUUGGUAUUGGCACUUGCGGUAAAAGUGGACAAGAAAUGACUAAAUUUCAGCAAGCCGUCAAAUAUACGAAGAAAUAG